AUGAAUUGCAAUCUGGCUGGACCAUGCUUCAUUUACAUAGUCGUGUGGCACCAUCAUCGUCUCCCCGAUCUGGCACGACCAAGCCUCCCUCCAUUCACAAUGGUUCAAAUCGCGGAUGACCUAAUCCUUACUUGUACGAGUUCAUUGUUGGUCGUUAGGCUUCGCAAUCCGACGAGACUAAGUUGCCUCACGCUUGUCGCAUCUAGUUACCUCAGGCUGCUGUACUUGAACUUCUGCGUUCUCCUUGGCUACGUCUUUGCCACUAUAUGUAUCCGUUGGUCCUCUUGCUAUCGUUUUAUUCACGCCCCUCUAUGGCGGCAUGUCCUCCUAUUCUUCAGUCAGUCUAAGCCUUUCUAUGAGCUCACUAUCGUCUCUCUUCUCUUUCUCUCCUAUGUAAAAUUCCUUGAGGUGCCCAGCUCAUAUGAGCUCUUCCAUCACGACCUUGAGUUCCCUAAUAUGAUUAGCCAAAUGUCCAUACUCCCUGUGUAUCAACAAUAUGGAUCACCACCUGAAAGCAUGUACUCUCUCCUCCUUGGAAUGUGGUUAGGGCAAGCAAUGAUCCCCCCACAUUUUCAAGACCCCAAACACUUUCUUCUAGAGCACUACUCGUCCGAUGAAGCUUCAUUGACUCAAUUUAGAGUUGAUCGUUUUAAUAUCUGCUUUAAUCCUCCCCGUCCUCCCCUUCUAGAAGCAAAUCAUAUCAUUCUUCGGGGCCCAUCCUCCUCUUCGCCUAUCGGCCGCUGCUUGCUCCCCUCCGCCUCGGCCGCAACUUGCUCCCCUCCUAUGACCAUGGGCGGCGUUCUCCUUCGCGCUCUACUCAUUUGCCUGUGGGGUGGUUCCCGACGCCAACGGAUUGUCUGCAUCUCGGAGCCACCAGAAUCGCCACCAAUGUCACCCUUGCUUUGA